AAACGUGCUCUAUAAAACAAUCGUCUGCCCAGAGAACACUUUAGUUUCUAGUUCGUGCUUGGAGUCCUAACUUCUCCGCAGCUUGCGAACGCUCCGAAUCUUCGACGUUCCUUAUCUUCCGUGCUCCGAAAUAUUUAAUAAUAUUUUUCCAAAAUGAGGGAAUGCAUCAGCGUCCACAUCGGCCAGGCCGGAGUCCAGAUCGGCAAUGCCUGCUGGGAGCUGUACUGUCUGGAACACGGCAUUCAGCCCGAUGGGAACAUGCCCAGCGACAAGGCAGUGGCGACGGGAGAUGACUCCUUCAACACCUUCUUCAGCGAAACUGGCGCUGGCAAACACGUCCCGCGGGCCGUUUUUGUCGAUCUCGAACCAACAGUCGUUGACGAAGUCCGGACCGGCGGAUACCGACAGCUCUACCACCCGGAACAGCUGAUCUCUGGCAAGGAGGACGCAGCCAACAACUAUGCCAGGGGCCACUACACCAUCGGCAAGGAGAUCGUGGACCUGGUGCUCGACCGCAUCCGCAAGCUGGCCGACCAGUGCACCGGACUGCAGGGCUUCCUCAUCUUCCACAGCUUCGGGGGCGGAACCGGGUCUGGGUUUACCUCCCUCCUCAUGGAGAGACUCUCCGUGGACUACGGGAAGAAAUCCAAGCUCGAGUUCUCCAUCUACCCAGCACCGCAGGUAUCCACGGCCGUCGUAGAGCCUUACAAUUCAAUCCUCACCACACACACGACCCUGGAACACUCCGACUGCGCCUUCAUGGUUGACAACGAAGCCAUCUACGACAUCUGCCGGAGGAACCUGGACAUCGAGCGACCCACGUACACCAACCUCAACAGACUCAUCAGCCAGAUCGUCUCGUCGAUCACAGCCUCCCUCCGAUUCGACGGCGCCCUCAACGUUGAUCUCACGGAGUUCCAGACUAACUUGGUUCCUUAUCCUAGAAUCCACUUCCCUCUCGUCACCUACGCGCCUGUGAUAUCCGCCGAGAAGGCGUACCACGAGCAACUGAGUGUGUCCGAAAUCACCAACGCCUGCUUCGAGCCAGCAAACCAGAUGGUGAAAUGUGAUCCCAGACACGGAAAGUACAUGGCCUGCUGCAUGCUGUACAGAGGCGAUGUGGUCCCGAAAGACGUCAACGCCGCCAUUGCUGCCAUCAAAACAAAGAGAACCAUCCAGUUCGUCGACUGGUGUCCAACCGGUUUCAAAGUGGGCAUCAACUACCAGCCCCCUACCGUGGUCCCUGGAGGUGACUUGGCCAAAGUCCCCCGCGCAGUCUGCAUGCUGUCCAACACCACGGCCAUCGCCGAGGCGUGGGCCAGGCUCGACCACAAGUUCGACCUCAUGUACGCCAAGCGCGCCUUCGUGCACUGGUACGUGGGCGAGGGAAUGGAGGAGGGCGAGUUCUCGGAAGCCCGCGAGGACAUGGCCGCCCUCGAGAAGGACUACGAGGAGGUCGGGCUCGACUCCAACGACGGCGUCGAAGACGACGGGGACGAGUAUUAGGAAGAAUCCGUUGGCCGCUUUGAAGAGUGGACUGAACUUUCAAUAAAGUUUUUUUUGAAAUGAAUAUCGUGUCGUCGUUUUUGCUUUGUUGUAUCUAAAGCUCAACAAACCCGUCCACGAAAAAAAUUCAAUCAAUAAGGUAAAACCACCAGCAGGAAUAAUGCUGACCUACUCCUCCUGUCAAACCGCAGGCUAGUCCAGGUCCAUGAGCCCUAGAGUCCUCAAAAAAUCGUACACCAGGAGAGGACUGGAGUAAAUGUCCUUUGUGUUAGUCCCACACAAUGCAAAAGAUGAUCUGGAGUUGCCUGCACUAAUCUACAUUUAGCACAGGUCUCAAAAAUGUUCUCCCCUAAAUGAAAGGAAAGGCACUUGAUGUGCCCACUUGCAAGCGUUUGUAGUUUGGACGACUGGAUACGCCUUGAUGGAAAGGGCGCGCCUUCGUGCACUGGUACGUGGGCGAGGGCAUGGAGGAGGGCGAGUUCUCGGAAGCCCGCGAGGACAUGGCCGCCCUCGAGAAGGACUACGAGGAGGUCGGGCUCGACUCCAACGACGGCGUCGAAGACGACGGGGACGAGUAUUAGGAAUAAUCCUUUGGCCGCUUUGAAGAGUGGACUGAACUUUCAAUAAAGUUUUUUUUU